AUGGACAGCACCUCGGCCGAGAAGGCCCCAGAGGCCAUGAAGGCGACGAACGAAGAAAUCGAACAUCGCAAAGAGGUGAUCACCGCCGGAGCGAAAAGGCGCGGCAUCGACGACGCCGAGCAGAUCGCGCUGUUCCAGCAAUUCGCGGCGGCGAGCCCAGAAUGGCACCGCGCGAUGACGAAAAAGGUGAUGCGGAAGGUGGACGGUCAUUUGCUUCCGAUGCUGAUACUGAUGUAUCUGCUCAACUUCCUCGACCGAAACAACCUCUCGCAAGCCCGACUCGGAACACUCGAGGCGGAUCUCAACAUGACCGGGACGGACUUCAACCUUGCGACGAGCAUCCUCUUCGUCGGGUACCUCCUCAUGCAGCUCCCCUCGAACCUGCUGCUGACGCGAGUGCGGCCCUCGAUAUACCUCGGCAUCGCAAUGACGAUAUGGGGCGUGAUUUCUACAGCGCAAUCGGCGACGAAGUCGUUUGGCUCGCUCGUCGCGUGUCGGUUCUUGCUUGGAUUCGCGGAGGCCCCCUUCUUCCCGGGAGCCAUCUUCUUGAUGUCGAGCUGGUACACGCGGGGCGAGCUAGCUCACAGGAUCGCCUGGUUCUACAGCGGGAGCUCGCUCGCGAACGCGUUCGGCGGUCUGCUUGGCGCGGGCGUCCUUGGGAAUCUAAGUGGUGCUCAUGGUAUCGCAGGCUGGCGCUGGCUCUUCAUAAUCGAAGGCAGCAUCACCGUCGCCAGCGCCAUCCUCUCCGCCUUCAUCCUGCCCGACUACCCCGCCACGACGCGCUGGCUCACGGCCGAGGAGCGCACGUACGCGCAGUGGCGGCUCGUCGAGGACGCCGGCGAAGCCGACGCCGCGGGCGCCUCGUCGAUCAAGGAGGGCGUGCUGCUGGCGAUGCGGGACCCGCGCCUGUACCUGUUCACGCUGCUGCAGCACGUGUCGCUGCUCUCGCAGACGUUCCAGUACUUCUUCCCCACCAUCGUGCAGACGCUCGGCUACGGCAGCGUGGUCACCUUGCUGCUCACGGCGCCCGUCUGGAUGCUCGCGUUCUUCCUCGCCCUCGGCGUCACGUACACGUCCGGACGCUUCCGGGACCGCAGCUUCCACAUCAUCUGCCUCACGCUCAUCUCGAUGGUCGGCAAUGUCAUCGUCGUGUCGACGCUGAGCACGGGGGCCCGCUUCUUUGCGCUGUUCCUGCUGCCGCUGGGCGCGGUGCCCGCGUAUCAGAUCAUCAUCGCCUGGGUCGCCAAUAGUUUCCCACGGCCGCUGGUCAAGCGAAGCGCCUGCAUCUCGUUCGCCAAUAUGAUCGGGAACACGGCCAAUAUCUACGGCCCCUACAUGUACCCAGCCACCUCAGGGCCACGCUACCUCGCAGGCGGCAGCGCAACGGCAGGCGUGGCGCUGCUCGUCGCCUUCCUCGCCGUCGCGGCACGGCUCGUCCUGCAGCGGGAGAACAAGAAACUGGCGGCCCGAGAGGCGGAGAACAACAACAACGACGACGACGACGACGACGCGCGGCAGCAGCAGCAGCGGCAGCAGCAAGCACCCGAAGCCACCACUGCCGGUUUUACUACUCCGGUGGGUUUCAGGUAUAUCCUUUAG